CGGCCGGGUGUCUGUCCGGCGGCUCGGCCCGGCGGCAGCUCAUGGCGGACAUGGGGCGGCGCGGCGGGGCCGGCCCGGCCCUGGGGCUGGCGGCGCUGGUGGCAGCGGCCUGUGUCGCUGGUGUAUGGGGUGGUGAAUUCAGUAUCUUACGAUCWCCUCAGUCAGUUGCUUUCCGGGAUGGAAGUUGGCCGAUUCCUGGAGAGCGGAUCCCAGAUGUUGCUGCGUUGACCAUGGGCUUUUCUGUUGAAGAAGACCUCCCCUGGCCUGGGCUGGGAGUGGGUGAUCUGUUUCACCGACCACGAGCCACUGUGCUGGUGACAGUGAAGGGCGUGGACAAGUUGCCUGUGAAGGGGUUUUCCUACCCCAUUGAGAAUGCCGUUCCUUUCAGUCUGGACAGYGUUGCAAAUGCCAUUCAUACUCUGUUCUCUGAGGAGACACCUGUGGUGUUACAGCUUGCCCCCAGUGAGGAGAGAGUGUACAUGGUGGGCAAGGCCAACUCCGUGUUUGAGGAUCUCUCUGUCACACUGCGCCAGCUGCGGAACCGCCUGUUCCAGGACAACUCCAUCCUCAGCUCCCUCCCUCUCAACUCCCUCAGCAGGAACAACGAGGUUGACUUGCUUUUCCUGUCAGAACUUCAAGUCCUACGUGAUAUUGCAAGCCUGCUGUCUCGACACAAGCACUUAGCCAAAGAUCACUCUCCAGACCUGUAUUCCCUGGAACUGUCUGGUUUGGAAGAGGUUGGAAAACGGUAUGGGGAAGACUCUCAGCAGUUCAAGGAUGCCUCUCAAAUUCUUGUAGACUCUUUGCAAAAGUUUGCUGAUGAGAUGUUCAAUUUGUAUGGUGGGAAUGCAGUAGUAGAAGUGGUGGCUGUGAAGGAGUUUAACUCUGCCCUCUCAAGGAAGACUCGCUCCAUUCUCCAGUCUUCACAGCCUGAAAAAGAAAAUCCAUAUAACCUUGCCUAUCCGUAUAACUACGACUACUCUGUCAUCUUCAACAUUAUUCUGUGGAUGAUGAUAGGUCUUGCUUUAGCUGUGAUAGUUAUCUCCUACAACCUCUGGAACAUGGAUCCUGGCUAUGACAGCAUUAUUUAUAGGAUGACAAAUCAGAAGAUAAGAAUGGAUUGAACUGCACUGUAUUUCAGCGUGGGAAGAUGAUGAAGAGCAAGGUCUCCUUUAACCUGUGUGGAAAACAAAUAUUCUGACAUGGUUAAUUGUGGAAGUUUUUUAAAGGUGUAUUUAUUUCUAAGUAUUUUUUUCCCCUCUCAAGACUAUUUUAAAUGUUAGUAGUAGCAUCAGAAUGGGAUUUAGAAGUUGAAAUCUGCUUGUUUAAAAAAUCAAAACAACACUCCCCAGAGUAAUUGUUAUUAAAGUAACAUCAUUCCAUUUUUUUUAUCAUAUAACAUGAGUUUUUGAAAUGCCCUGUACUGCCUGUGCAAACCAGAUAAAUUGAAAUUACGAUAGCAUUUCAAACAUGUUGUCUGAAACUUUAACACUGGAGGAUUAGACAUUAUAGCUAAAUCGUUGUGUUGUAUAUUAUGAACCAGCUGUAAAUGUUUGAUGUAAAUAUUUAUAAUGGUUACAUGUAACUUCAGAGAGGAUGGUAAAUAUUCUUUAGUAAAAUAGUUAAUAGGGAAAUAUUUCUAUCAGACUAGGACUCUAGUAGCACAAAUGGCAUUUUGAUCUCAUGUUGAUGGCUCAGGUGAGCUGUACACAGAAGGAUCACCCCAGAACUUAAUGAUUGGAAGGUCAAUAACACUGCUGUGGCUGGUCUGUACAGUGGAGUCUGGAAAUCCUGAAGUAGCACCAGUCUGGUCAUGGUCUUACAUCACGUACAGUUGAAAGUUCCUGUAAUGAUGCUUCAUGUUCCUUCCAUUUGUGUGGAUGUUAUAAAAAACCCAGUUCUUUUCAAUGAUAAGAGUGGACCAACACUUGAUUUAAGUAUACCUGGAUUAUAGUUCUGCUUCAAUCGUUCAAUAAAACAAAGAACAGUUGUUCUGGAAUGCAUUUAUUCUUUGUGGCUUUGUAGAUGUGGCUAUUUCUGUUUAGUAUUUGUUCAGCUGACCAGAGCAGGUGCUGGCAGCAGCUGAUGUGUGACAGUGGGCCUAAGUCUGAAGUAGUUUAGUUUUAACUGUCCUUCAGAAGAAAGAUUGUCUUGUGUAGAUAUUCCUAAAUGAAAUAAUGAGUGUAGUUAAAACAACUGGUUGAUCUCUGGAUUGGGUCUUUUUUAGAACUACCUCCUUCUUAGAAAUUCAUUUGCUCUUUGGUAAAAGGACAUCUUCCAGACUACAGCAACAUGAAUGGAAACUACUUUUUUUAUCUUGUCCUCUAAUAUGCUUAACUUUACCUGCUAUUAGGAGGUAAUUAUUCCACUUGCAGAAAAGUUGUUCUCACUGAAUUAGUCUCAUUUACUGGGAAUGGCUGAAUUGGUGGCAUUGAAGUCAUUCAUGUCUUGGAGAUCCUGGAUAGUGAUUAAUAUGAAAUUGAGCAAAUUGCAGGGUUGCCUGGGUCCAAGAAAUCCAGUUUGGUAUAUGUUACAAUCACUUGAAAUUAUUUUAAUGGCAUUUAAAGUUAAUCUGGAUGAUUGAUAUCAGUAGAUAGAAAGGAAGAGUUGCACUGGCAGUUUCUCUGACAGGAGUGUAAUUAUUGAACAUUCUGUGAAACACCAUAGCAGUCAAGGGAAGGCUCUCAGCCAGGUGUGAGAAGUAGGACACAGUGAUUAUGUCAAUGA